AUGACAUCUCGGAGAGCUGGGCCCGAGGGACAGAGAGAUCCCCGAAGUCCCAAUCGAAGCAGCGGCGGCUCGGAGGACAACGGCUUCGGGCGGCGACCCCGAGUUUCCGGCCUCCAGGAGCACGCGGCCGUCAACCUGGACCAACGAGCCCGAUUCACCGGCAGUUUGCAGAAUCUCGCUCGGGCUCCGUCACUCGUACCACCGCCCGUCCCACCACGUACGCCCCAGGUGAGGCAGCCCCGUCAACGCGGCUGUGCUCGGCCUCUUCCGCCCCUGCCUCCGACGGUCCAGCCCUCGACGUCUCAGCCACAACCGCAGUCGCAGCCGCAUCCGCAGCCGCAGCCGCAGCCGCAGUCGCAGUCACAGGCGCAGUUGCCGCCGCAACCGCCGCCACCCCCACGGCAGCCGACGCCACCGCCACUGCCCCCCGAACGCUCGUGUGCCCAGGUCCAGGAUGGCCAAACUGCCGCAUCCGAGGCUCCGAGUCCGGAGGAGCCUAACCAAAAUGAGGAGGAGGAGACGGCGGAGAAGACCGAGCUCACGCCCAUCCUCUUCGCCAGGUGCAAUCCUAGCGCCGGCUCUUCGAGACAUCCUCGCGACGAGGAUGAGACCGCCGCCGAGGAAGCAGCCGUCCAAGGGACGAGACUUAGGCCACCCCUGGCAGGCACAGUCGCCCUCUCCGCUGACUCGGGCACCGGCGACACCGCCGACAGCCUCGAGGCACAAAUCGACGGAUCGCAGCAUCGGGAGACGCCUGCCAAUACCGAGGCCAAGGGCGAGGCCGACGAGGUCGCCGAUGACGAGAAGCUGAACGAGCUCGAGAAAUUGCGAGACCUGGACCAAAGACUGCCUGCUGGAGAGACGCCGACUCUAGAAUCCAAGUUCUCGAGCGCCAAGGGAAACAAGCAGCAGGUCAAGCCCUUCACCAAGGCGAGCCUCGAUAGACUCGAGAGCAGACACGUGCAACUCGUACGGGACUAUGGCUUCCAGCCUAAGAGGAAGACCUCCGUCGAAGAUGGCGGUGUGCUGCCCAACAAGUUCGAGCCUUUUCCCUCGAAUCUUUACGGCCGGCCCCUCGAAGAAAUAGACAAUUUCAUUUACGACGAGGUCAGUGUUCAUUAUUAUUACAUGCCUCACUUCCGCAUUCUUCUCUUGGUCCGACUGAAUUAA